AUGUCAUUCAAAAAGUCGAAUUUAGAUGUUUAUUUGGCGGAAGUUUUUAAGCAGUUCGUCACAAUCAAAGAUGAUGAUUUUAAAAGAGCUCAAGAGGUGUUCAACAGUGUAUUUAAGCAGGUCAAGCAAAAGAUGGGAGAACAGUGUAAUUUUUUCAAUAAAUAUAGCAGCCAGGUGAUGUACAGCGGAAGUGUUUACGAUGGUGUCAAAGUCUCCAAACUAGAUGAAUUUGAUAUGGAUAUUGUUAUUCGUCUACCCAUUAGCUAUGAGGAGGGAGAGAAUGGUAUCAUCAUUGAGAAUGACCAGCCUGGCUUUGUCAGGCUUAAAAUUAUCAAUGCAUUUGACCAUAUGGACAAGCAGCCAGACUGGGAAAAGUGUCACAAAGUGACAAGAGACUGGCGUGACUCCGAGAAAUAUUUCCUACAAAAUAAAUUCCGUCAUUGGCUCCACAGUAUUGUCCAGAAAGCUCUCAAUGAAAUGCAGGAGAGAGCUACUGUGAAUGGUGUAACUUAUUCAGUGAAAUACAAAGAGUCAGGGCCAGCUUUCACAUUGAACAUACGUAAUGAGAAGGGUGAUGAAGAAUUUAAACUUGAUGUAGAUUUGGUGCCAGUUAUUAGGUUUAUGUAUCCUCGGUGGCCUCCUGGAUACAGGACGAUUCACGGGAGUCAAGUAAAAGAUUGGCUAGUCGUGCCCAAACCAAUUAAGAAUAUCUCAAAUGAGACCGUCAAAAGUAGAUGCUGGCGUCUGUCGUUUCAAGAUUAUGAACGGGAGCUGCUUAAAGAAUGUCAUCAUUUGAAAACGAUUAUAAAACUGAUAAAAAAACUACGCGAAGCCUUGGGCAUGAAGGAGAUUGCCAGUUACUACAUAAAAACAUUGUUCCUAUGGAAAAUUGAGAGAGUUAACGACAAAAAGUACUGGCAAAACAAACUCAGUGUGAUAUUUCGCUCUAUGGUCGAGGAUUUAUACAACGCGAUAAAGGCCAAAAACAUUCCAUACUUUUGGAAUGAGAAAAACAACCUCAUAGGAAACCUGAAGCCGACGCAUCAAAAGGUGUAUAUGGAUAAGUUGAAAGUAGUUCUAGACAGCAUCGAUGCAAACGACGUCAAUAAAACAGUCGUUUCCCUGCUAACCGAUGUAGAAAUGGAACAAUUCAAAUGUUCCGAGUUUUAUCUGAGACAGUUAGCGUUGACCAAUAUCGAGCUGCCAGUACUUAAAAAUGAAAGUAUAUGUUCUACAAGCAGCAGCAGUCAAGAGUUUCGGACGAAUUCCCAAACCAGUUCUCAAGAGGAACAACAUACAGCUGUUAUAAGAGCUCUUAUGGAGAAGAUAGAUUUGCUGACUCAAAAAGUGAAUGAUCAGGAAGGCAGAAUAAAUAAAUUGGAGGAGAUGGUUGCUUGUAAAGAAUCGACUGACACUAACCCACUUGAUUAUACUGUAAAAGAACAAAAAGUAUUUGAUAAGUCAGGCGACCGGUCGACAAAAAAUUAA